UAGUAAAGAAAGAAAACAAAAAGAAGUAAACUAAAGUUUGAAGAAGAAGAAGAAGAGAUUAAAAGUGGGACAGAAAACAGAAACAGCAACACGUUCUCAAGACCAGACCAGGCAAUUGCAUGUGCCCACAUGCCCUUCACUUCAUCUUCUUCACCACUCCUCCACUUUUCACAGCUUCUGAUAAUCAAAAAUACCCAAACUUUCUUCCAAAAUGAAGGAAAAAAGUGAUGGGUUCGUGAGAGCGGAUCAGAUUGAUCUCAAAAGCUUGGACGAGCAAUUAGAGAGACAUCUCAACAAAGUCCGAACUAUGGAUAAGAAUAAAAAAUCUGAUCUUCUUCAUAGUAACAGUAAUCUCUCACCAACCCCACUUUAUGCCACCGAUGACUUCGCCAUCUCCGCCGCCGCCACCACCGCCACCCCGGCCUUCAGCAAGAUCAGCACCUUCAAGAAAAAAGAGAGACAGGAGUGGGAGAUCGACCCUUGUAAGCUGAUUAUCAAGACUGUCAUUGCUCGUGGUACUUUUGGUACUGUUCAUCGUGGCAUCUAUGACGGUCUGGAUGUUGCUGUUAAGCUGCUCGACUGGGGCGAAGAGGGCCAUAGGACGGACGCUGAAAUUGCCUCUUUAAGGUCUGCUUUCACUCAAGAAGUUGCUGUUUGGCAUAAACUUAAUCAUCCUAAUGUUACUAAGUUUAUAGGGGCGACGAUGGGCUCAUCAGAGCUGCAAAUACAAACUGAAACUGGUCAUAUUGGCAUGCCAAGUAAUAUAUGCUGUGUUGUUGUGGAAUAUCUUCCUGGAGGUGCCCUAAAGUCUUACCUAAUAAAAAACAGAAGAAGGAAACUGGCUUUCAAAGUUGUCGUUGAGUUGGCACUUGACCUUGCCAGAGGGUUGAGUUACCUUCACUCGGAGAAGAUUGUUCACAGAGAUGUAAAGACAGAAAACAUGUUAUUGGACAAAACACGCACAGUAAAAAUUGCUGAUUUUGGAGUUGCUCGAGUUGAGGCUUCAAAUCCUAAUGAUAUGACUGGGGAGACAGGAACCCUUGGUUAUAUGGCUCCUGAGGUUUUGAAUGGCAAUCCUUAUAAUAGGAAAUGUGAUGUGUACAGUUUUGGAAUCUGUUUGUGGGAGAUUUAUUGCUGUGACAUGCCAUAUCCCGACCUUAGUUUCUCAGAAGUGACUUCUGCUGUGGUUCGUCAGAAUUUGAGACCAGAGAUACCGAGGUGUUGUCCGAGCUCUUUAGCAAAUGUAAUGAAGCGGUGCUGGGAUGCAAACCCUGACAAGCGCCCUGAAAUGGAUGAGGCGGUCUCCAUGUUGGAGGCUAUUGACGUGUCAAAAGGCGGUGGCAUGAUUCCUCCUGAUCAACAGGGUGGUUGUCUCUGCUUUCGCAGGACUCGAGGUCCGUAAACCAAAUUAAAUUACUUCCUUUGGGCAUAACAACUACUAAAAUAUGAUUGUCUUGAGCUAUGGUGGUUGAUUUUGCAUCUAAGAGAGAGUAAAUAUUGAUUUGGGAUAUAACAUAGUGAAGAAUGGAUGGUGUUGGAUAUAGGAUUUGGAGCUUGACGAUGUAAAUCUUUUUUGUUGAUCUAUUUCCGAUACUAAGUAGCUGUAAAAAAAAAUUAUAUCCAUUUUUCGUGAUACUAUGCACGGAUGAGAUAUAUUAUGUCAAAUUCUUCAGAAAAAAAAUUGUGUAUUUAUUUGGGUUGCCAGCUUGAACAACUGGCAUGACCUAUUCAUGUUUAAUUAAGGUCACCCAUUAUAUAUAGUGAAUAUUAAUUAUUGUUAACAUUAUUGAGGACAAUUGGUACCUUGUAAUUCUAAUAUUGUAAGUUGUAAUGAAAUUAUAUACACUUCUUUAAA